UUCAUCCCAUAACAUAGUAUAUUAGUAUUAAAAUUAAUAGGAUUCUUGCCUUUAGUAAGUCGGUAAACGUCAUCGGCUUUAUUUUAUUCUUUCAGCUAAGGAAGUCUCUCUCUCUCUCCAUUUGAUAGGAAGAAGAAGAAAGAUAAAAAGAUAAAAGAAAGAGAGAAAAGAGAAAUAAUUAAAAUGCAAUGUUAUACAAAUGAAGAAGCAUUAGCAAGUCUCUUCAUCAAUGUCUCAACCUCUUUCUUUCUUCUUCUCCUCCUCCUCUACUCCGCCGUCUCUCUCUUCCUCAAGCUCCUACAUUUCAUCGGCGGCUAUCCUCUCCUCCAAAGGAAUGAAGAUGAAUAUGAUUCCGCAGCGUGGGAUUCCGAUGAAGAAGAAGAAGAGGAAGAAGAAGAACAAAAAGAAGAAGGGAGAGAAUUCAAGAUGUCUUGCAAUACAAGUUACCUUGUUAUGUCUAGAGAUCAAAAGCCAGAUCAUUUGAUAGCCGACAUAGAAGAGGAUGGAGAAUCUUUAGUGUUCUACAAUAAUCAUUCCAAAAGUGAGCCAAAUAAGAUGAAGGAUUUUAUGAAUGUUCAUCAAACUCAUGAACACGAAGAAGAAGAUGAUCAAGAAUCCAACAGUUCUUCCACAGAGGAACACUUUUCUUCUGCCAACGUUUCUCCUUAUCGCAGCGAAUCAUCACUAGAAGAUGAAGACGAAGACGAAGGGGUUGAAGAUCUUCAUGACGAUAGUUAUGAUCAUGAUGAUGAUGAUGAUGAUGAUGAUGAUGAUGAGAUGGGAGGAGUGUCACGGUACGACGUCGUUGAAGAUUUGAUUCGUAAGCGACCAAAUAGAAGUAGUCGUGGUCCCUCUCCUCUCCAAAGUGGUUUGGUGUUCAAUGACAAAAGCUACAAUGGAGAGUUUGUCUCUAAUGGAGGAUUCAAGAAUGUAUACGUGGAGAUACAACCAUCAUCGGGGCUUUCCAUGAGAGAGAUCAAAGCAGAGGAGUUAGAUGAAGAAGAGAGAGGGGAGAUAUUCGGAGAGUCAUGCACGAAUGGGUCAACGUCAAAAAGCUCAUCGGAGUGGAGGAAUUCUGUGAAGACCGAUGAUCCAUUCUCCUCCUCCUCUCGCCGGAGUUGCCCAAAAUGGGAAUCUUACACCGUCUUUCAAAAAUACGACGAGGAAAUGACAUUUCUCACUAGGAUAUCUGCUCAAAAGCUUCAGGAAACAGAAUCGUUGAAGUCAAUCAUGGUGGAGCCAAGAUCGAUCUCGGAGAGGAUCGUUCACAAGCUGACAUCAAACGGACACAAGAGAAAACAACAACAUCCAGGCAGCAAUGGUUCAAGACUCAACCCUUACGUGGAACUAGAAUCAGCUUACGUGGCACAAAUAUGUCUAACAUGGGAAGCUCUAAGUUGGAACUACAAAAACUUCGAGAGGAAAAGAUCAUCCACGCAACGAAUUAGCCACAACGACAUCGGAUGUCCCGCCGUAAUCGCCGACCAAUUCCGUACGUUUCAUAUUCUGUUACAAAGAUACGUGGAGAACGAGCCUUAUGAACAUGGAAGGAGACCAGAGAUUUACGCUCGAAUGCGAACACUUGCUCCCAAAUUGCUUCUUGUUCCUGAAUAUCAAGAUUACGAGGAGGAGGAAGAGAAAGAAGAGGAAGAGGAGGGUUUCAAGUCAAGGAUAACGUCAGCUUCGUUCUUGAUGAUAAUGGAGGAAUGCAUAAGAACAUUCAUGAACUUUCUCAAAGCGGAUAAAGAGAAGCCUUGUCAAAAGAUCAUCAAAGCCUUUUUUGGGAGAACUAAACGAGGCUCCGUUGAUCCAACCCUUGUCCAUCUAAUGAAGAAAGUCAACACAAAGAAAAAGGCGAAGCUGAAAGAGAUGCGUAAAGGAGGAAAAUACAUGAGGAAGAAAAAGAUGAGUAUAGAGGAAGAAAUGGAGAUAUUAAUGGGUUUAAUAGAUUUGAAAGUGGUGUCAAGAGUGUUGAGGAUGAAUGAAAUGAAUGAAGAGAAGUUACAUUGGUGUGAAGAGAAGAUGAGCAAAGUUAAGAUCAUUCAAGAUGGAAAGGCACUUCAAAGAGAUUCCACUCCACUUUUCUUUCCUCCACAUUGACAUUGACCCCACUAUUUUUAAUCAAAUCUCAGAAUAUACCCUUUAUUCUUUCCCCCACCUACAUGCACAUCCUUUUUUUCUUUCUUUUACACGUCAAAUUGUAGGUGAUCUAUUAGACAAAACUACGAAUAAAUUAAGAACACCAUACACUUUUUUUUACAUAUCGAAUAAAUAGAUAGGGAUAUACUGUAGAUUGCUUUAGUUCUUUUUACUUUCUCUUUGCUUUUCCUUUUUUCCUUUUCCUUUUCUUGCUCUAUAUAUGACUAU